AUGGGGGCUUUGCAGGCCUGGCUGCUGGGCCUGCUGCUGCUGGGCCCGGCCCUGCGGGGGGCUGCGGGCCACGGCCGCCAGCACUCCAUGGAGCUCCGCGCCCCCCACAUCGAUCCCGCCUGGUACGCUGGCCGCAGGGUCAGGCCUGUGGGACGCUUCGGCCGGAGGAGAGCAGACCCCGCGGGUGCCGUGAGCCAGCCAGCCUGCUCCCCGCUGGGAGGAGGCGCUGAGCCCGCCUGGGACGGGUGA